CCACGGACCAGGGACGGACGAACGAAGCACCAGGGAAUCUCGAUGCAGAUAAACCUGUUCCUCCUUGCGAUGUCUGCGGAUACCGAACGUCUCCUCGAUGUAAGGACGCCGGUAGGACCAAGGACCAGGGACGAACGAAGCACCAGGGAAUCUCGAUGCAGAUAAACCUGUUCCUCCUUGCGAUGUCUGCGGAUACCGAACGUCUCCUCGAUGUAAGGACGCCGGUAGGACCAAGGACCAGGGACGAACGAAGCACCAGGGAAUCUCGAUGCAGAUAAACCUGUUCCUCAUUGAGAUGUCCGCGGAUACCGAACGUCUCCUCGAAGUAGGGACGCCGGUAGGACCAAGGACCAAUGACGAACGAAGAGUAUAGAUUGCCUCCCUCAAACAAAAAAAAAAAAAAAAAAAAAAAGAUGGGGAGAGGAGGAGGGUAGCUCCUAUGUGGAAGGGAAUCUUGCCCGGGUGUGCCAGAUCUUCUCCCACCGCCGAAGACGAACGCCUCUCGAUGUAGAGGUUAGUAGAGACGCGGAGGGGGCUAGACGAACCAAGGGAGCCUUGCCAAGAUAAACCUGUUCAUCCCACAAUGACCAUGGAUCGAUGGACGUGGGAUAACAAAGACGGGAACCCGUGAGGGUAAACCAGUUCGUCCCUGCGAGUUCCUUGGGUACCGAACGUCUUCUUCGAUGCAAGAGACGCCGGUAAGACUAAAAGGACCAGGGACGAACGAAAAAGGGGGAAUCUCGAUGUAGAUAUACCUGUUCCUCAUUGCGAUGUCCGCGGAUACCGAACGUAUCUUCGAUGUAAGAACGCCGGUAGGACCAAGGACCAAUGACGAACGAAGAUUAAAAGACUCCAAAAAAAAAAAAAAAAAAAAAAAAAAAAAAAAAAGAUGCCAGAAGAGCACGGAGCAAAGAACGAUUUUAUCCCUCGGCGCUAUUGGCCGGGAAGUACAAACUGGAAAACAUAUGUAAAGAAUAAUUACAAAACUUAGGUACGAAGAAUGAAGUGGCCGACGACGAUCGGCUAACAUCAGGUUUUCUUUUGCCUCGAACGACGAUUAGCCCCCCAGAUCAGGUAGAAGGGACAUCGCCCAGAUUUAUUUCAGGCUCACCAUUCCUUCCCGGAUGGAGUCCUGGCAGACGAUCGGCUUCUCACAGCCAAUCAGGAGAGAGACUUGACACAUCACCAGCACGGCCGAGGGCCGUGAGACGAUUACCACUCACCGACAGGCCGAGGGCCAUGAGAUGAUCAUCACUAUUUUUCUGUAUCACGAUCGGCCCCUCAGCGCCAUCGUGUCCAGACUCACGGUUCGUCUUGCCCAUUCCCUCCAGGAUGGCGACGACCGUCUUAUACAGCACGAUCGGCUUCUCAGCGCCGUCGUGUCUCUUUCACGUUCGGAUCGCGCAUCUCUUCCAGGAUGGCGACGAACGUCUUAUGCGGUACGAUCGGCCCCUCAGCGCCAUCGUACCUGGCUUCACGGUUCGGCUCGCCCAUUUCCUCCAGGAUGGCGACGACCGUCUUAUGCAGUGCGAUCGGCCCCUCAGCGCCAUCGUACCUGGCUUCACGGUUCGGCUCGCCCAUUCCCUCCAGGAUGGCGACGACCGUCUUAUGCAUCACGAUCGGCUUCUCAGCGCCAUCGUGUCUCUUUCACGUUCGGAUCGCCCCAUUCCCUCCAGGAUGGCGACGAACGUCUUAUGCCGUACGAUCGGCCCCUCAGCGCCAUCGUACCUGGCUUCACGGUUCGGCUCGCCCAUUCCCUCCAGGAUGGCGACGACCGUCUUAUGCAUCACGAUCGGCCUCUCAGCGCCAUCGUGUCUCUUUCACGUUCGGAUCGCCCCAUUCCCUCCAGGAUGGCGACGAACGUCUUAUGCCGUACGAUCGGCCCCUCAGCGCCAUCGUACCUGGCUUCACGGUUCGGCUCGCCCAUUCCCUCCAGGAUGGCGACGACCGUCUUAUGCAUCACGAUCGGCCUCUCAGCGCCAUCGUGUCUCUUUCACGUUCGGAUCGCCCCAUUCCCUCCACGAUGGCGACGAACGUCUUAUGCCGUACGAUCGGCCCCUCAGCGCCAUCGUACCUGGCUUCACGGUUCGGCUUGCCCAUUCCCUCCAGGAUGGCGACGACCGUCUUAUGCAUCACGAUCAGCGUACCAGCGCCAUCGUGUCUCUUUCACGUUCGGAUCGCCCCAUUCCCUCCAGGAUGGCGACGAACGUCUUAUGCCGUACGAUCGGCCCCUCAGCGCCAUCGUACCUGGCUUCACGGUUCGGCUCGCCCAUUCCCUCCAGGAUGGCGACGACCGUCUUAUGCAUCACGAUCGGCCUCUCAGCGCCAUCGUGUCUCUUUCACGUUCGGAUCGCCCCAUUCCCUCCAGGAUGGCGACGAACGUCUUAUGCCGUACGAUCGGCCCCUCAGCGCCAUCGUACCUGGAUUCACGGUUCGGCUCGCCCAUUCCCUCCAGGAUGGCGACGACCGUCUUAUGCAUCACGAUCGGCUUCUCAGCGCCAUCGUGUCUCUUUCACGUUCGGAUCGCCCCAUUCCCUCCAGGAUGGCGACGAACGUCUUAUGCCGUACGAUCGGCCCCUCAGCGCCAUCGUACCUGGCUUCACGGUUCGGCUCGCCCAUUCCCUCCAGGAUGGCGACGAACGUCUUUAUGCAGCACGAUCAGCAUCCCAGCGCCAUCGUGUCUGGCUCACGUUAGGGUCGCCCACCCCUUUCAGGAUGGCGACGAACGUCUUUAUGCAGCACGAUCAGCGCCCCAGCGCCAUCGUGUCUGGCUCACGUUAGGGUCGCCCAUCCCUUUCAGGAUGGCGACGAACGUCUCAUAUGCAGCACGAUCAGCGUCCCAGCGCCAUCGUGUCUGGCUCACGUUAGGGUCGCCCAUCCCUUUCAGGAUGGCGACGAACGUCUUUAUGCAGCACGAUCAGCGUCCCUGCGCCAUCGUGUCUGGCUCACGUUAGGGUCGUCCACCCCUUUCAGGAUGGCGACGAGCGUCUCUUAUACAGCACGAUCAGCGCCCCAGCGCCAUCGUGUCUGGUUCACGUUAGGGUCGCCCAUCCCUUCCAGGAUGGCGACGAACGUCUCUUAUGCAGCACGAUCAGCGCCCCAGCGCCAUCGUAUCUGGCUCACGUUAGGGUCGCCCAUCCCUUUCAGGAUGGCGACGAACGUCUCUUAUGCAGCACGUCUGCCCCUCGGCGCUGACAUGCCCGGUUUAUCGAUGAGAGCCACCGCUUUCUAUCACAUCUCACAUUCCUUCUCUCAUACAUUGCACUCAUACAUUACAUGCAUUCAUGCAUUCAUGCAUCAUACCUCAUACAUUCAUACAUACACACGUGCACCAUGUUUUGACAGUACCGCGACGUCGGUUUGUAGAUGCAUGGACCUCUAAGCUCCUCCGAUUGGAAAGCUCGAGUCAGGGUCCUCUACUCUCGCCUGAUGCAUUCAGGGGGAGCGUGCCCGUAGAGGAGCACCCUUCGCCCAACCCCGUCGGGAAGGGGGGUGCCUCACCGGCAGAUUACGUUCAGGAGUGCAGACACUCACUCGUAUAUUAUGAUUAUUCGAAGACACAGUUUCCAGCAAGACAGAGGAGGAGCGCAGGCAAGAGUAUACUUUCUCGAGCAGAUUCGCACGCUCACUACUCAAGAAACUAGGGGACUUGUGUUGGGAUAUAUUACCCCGGCCUAUUACUGUUCAGGAGCCCGAGCAGCUAGGUCCAUUUCGGCCCAUUCUGGCCCACUUUGGCCAUUAGGCCCGGCAUCGGCCCGUUUGGCCCAUUAGGGUGGAGAGCACCCUUCCCCUUUCCCCUAUAAAUAGGAGGCUUCCCUCCAUGUUUUGGGGAUCCUCUUUUAGCUUCAUCUUCCUCCUUCUUUUAGACUUAGCUCAAUACUCCAUUAAUGGGAGCUUGUACAAUGUAAUUGUGAGGAGAGUCCUAAUGAGAAAGAGAGGGCUUGGACAUUAGCCGAAAAAGUCCCGUGGUUUUCUCCCUUUCGGGUUUCCACGUAAAAACUGAGUUGUUCAUACACAUUUAUACAUAUAUUUACUAUAUCGUGUUGGAUUAAACUCAACACUUUCAUAUGACACCAAUAUUGAGUAUAUAAAAAUUUAUCUAUCUAUACAUAAUACAUUAA